GGCAUUGCUAUACAUUUUUCUUAUCGCGAAAAUCACAACUCUUAUGCAAUUGUGAAACCGACACAUAACACAACGGGCCAUUGCAAACAAACCUCAAUCUCACGCACAGCCACGCAGUCCUUAUAAUACCGUAUCGUUCUCUCCGGUAUUCGUUAAUCCAUUUCUUUCCAUACCUUUUAGAAACUUUGUGAUCACCUAUAAUUUUAAAUAGAGAAAGGGAAAAGGGUUAGGAUUUUCUUGCUUUUACGCACUCCCCCUUCCACUCCUCCGUGUGUGUUUUCUGACACAUUGGAUACCAAAGCAAGCCAGAAUUUUCACUAUUAAUUGUAAUAAAAAACUCCAAUGGUGGCUGCAAAUUUGAGUUGUGGUGGUACGGUUUGGAGUGCCUUAACAAAUAAGCACAGUCGGAGAUGGGCAUUUUCUUCGAGCCAUUCAACAGAAUUUUGCUGUUUUCUUGCCAGAGGGCUGAGAAAUGUGGAGGUUGGUGUUGGACGUUGUUCUCUGUCCUUGGACAAGACAAGAGGAUUUUUGAGUUCAUCAAUGAUCCGUCGUAGGAAGCCUAUAUUUUCAAGGUUCGACACUCGGUUGAGUUCAGACAGAGGCGUGCAGUCCUAUAAUUUUGAGGAGAGUUCUGUCAUCGAAGAAGAAAUUCUUCCCGAAAAUUCGAGUCUACUUAAUGAGUUGAACGGGACUGUUUCUUCUGGAAUUGAUGAAAGUAAUAGCAAGUUGACAGAAGUUCCUUCAAGUACAUCUCAAUCGAAAGAAGCUAUCUAUGAGCUUAUAAUGCUGUCUUUACCAGCAUUUGCGGGACAGGCCAUUGAACCACUUGUACAAUUGAUGGAGACUGCAUUUAUUGGUCGUCUGGGUUCUGUGGAGUUGGCUUCUGCUGGUGUCUCUUUAUCUCUCUUUAAUAUAAUUUCAAAACUCUUCAAUAUUCCUCUCCUUAGUGUUGCUACUUCAUUUGUGGCUGAGGACGUUUCAAAGAAUGCACGAAGAUUAUCUGCAGCAGAUGAAGAGGAAGGUGCCCAUGGAAAAUCUUUAAUACUUGCCACGGAAAGGUUGCACUUAUCUUCUGUAUCCACAGCCUUACUACUAGCUGCUUGCAUUGGCAUCUUUGAGGCUGUGGCCCUAUCUUUAGGAUCUGGACAGCUUCUCAGUCUGAUGGGCAUAUCACAGUUUUCUUCUAUGCGUGCUCCAGCACAACGAUUUCUUAUUCUGAGGGCUAUUGGUGCUCCAGCAUUUGUUGUUUCUUUGGCUCUUCAAGGAAUUUUUCGUGGUUUUAAGGAUACAAAGACACCUGUAUAUUGUUUAGGCUUUGGGAAUUUUACGGCUAUAUUUCUAUUUCCUUUACUUAUAUAUUAUUGUCAUUUGGGGGUUUCUGGAGCUGCCAUUUCUACAGUUAUAUCACAAUACAUCGUCGCUUUUGCAAUGAUCUGGUGUCUGAGUAAGAGAGUGGUGUUAUUGCCUCCGAAACUCGGAGGACUGCAAUUUGGUGGUUAUCUAAAAUCAGGUGGUUUUCUUAUUGGGAGAACUCUUGCUGUUCUUCUGACACUGACACUCGGUACUUCAAUGGCUGCUCGUCAGGGUCCUGUAGCAAUGGCUGCUCACCAAAUAUGCGUACAAGUCUGGCUGGCUGUAUCCCUUCUCACAGAUGCACUUGGUACAUCAGCUCAGGCCUUGGUUGCCAGUUAUAUUUCAAAAGAUGAUUACAGGACUGUGAAGGAUGUCACGCACUUCGUGUUAAAGAUAGGAUUUGUCGCUGGUGUUUCCUUAGCUGUGAUUUUGGGUGUUUCUUUUAGUUCUUUGGCCACUUUGUUUACUAAGGAUGUUGAAGUUUUAAGAGUUGUUAGAACUGGUGUUUUGUUUGUAAGUGUCAGUCAACCUUUAAAUGCUCUAGCAUUUAUUUUCGAUGGCCUCCAUUAUGGUGUUUCUGACUUCCCUUAUGCGGCACGUUCUAUGAUGGUGGUGGGGGCAAUAUCUUCUGCAUUUUUGCUAUAUGCUCCUACGGUUUUUGGUCUUCCUGGUGUUUGGUCAGGCUUGACUCUCUUCAUGGGACUACGAAUGAUGGCAGGAAUUAUCAGGUUAAUGUCGAAAGAGGGCCCCUGGUGGUUUCUGCAUGGUGAUGUGAAUAAAGCUAAGAUUGCUGGUUGAGAAUUUGAGAUGGGAAGAAGCAAAAGAAUACAUCCAAUAUGCAAAUCAAAUCAGUUUCUGUUAAUAGUUUUUAUUUGUUAGAUCAACUUAAGCGGCUGCUAGCACAUUUCUGGGCAAGUACUUUAUUAAUUUUAUUUUUGCGCUGAGAUUCAUUAUCUUAUUGAAUCCUUGAAACCAGAAACUAUUUAUCUGUAAGUAUACAAUUUUUUGCAAUUUAGUGAAUUUUCCCAAAAACUUA